AUGAAUAAUAUUACACAGUUGUUUGGAAAAGGUGAUUAUACGGACAAGGAGGAGUUGAAGAACGAUCUAAGGAAUCUACAUAAAUACAUCAAGGAGAGCAAUGUAAAGAAGGUCAAAAAGAUGUUUUCCUCAAAGAAGGGCAAACAUUUGCUGACAGCCACCGACGAACUCGACCAGAAUGCACUGAUGAUAGCUGCACGUGCCAACAAUAUAGAGAUGUUUGAGAUUAUCCUGUCGUUCUACAAGAGUUGUAAGAUCGAUAUAAACAUGCCUGACAAGAAUGGCUACACUUGUCUACACCACUUCUUCUCGAUGCCCGAUUUGGAACCAAAGAUGCUGCUGAUCCUGCUAGACCAGGAGGACGUCCACGUCAACAGCACCAACCGUGAUCUCAACACACCGUUCCACUACUUUUGCCAGAAGUUCCGAUCAAACUCCUCGGUCAAAGAGGUAUUUGACCGCAUGGUUGCCAAGGGCGCCAACGUCAAUGCCACCAACAAGAACGGUGAGGCACCUCUCCACAAAGCGAUAUUCAACAACACACUGGCACAGACAAUGGUGACAUUGCUACUCGAGAAUCACGCACUCGUCAACGUAACCAACAAGAAUGGCGAAUCGUGUCUACACUAUUGCGUGCGAAUGGGACGUACCGAUCUCGUCACCAUUCUCCUCAAAUUCGGUGCCGACAGAACCAUCACCAAAGACAACCAAUCACUAUACGACAUUGCCAUACAAGAGAAUUUCACUAAAUUAGCUGAUCUAUUAAAAGAUGGUGUUGAUAUUAAUACUGUUCAAAGUAAUGGUGCUGCAACAGAAUUAAUUACAUUAUUACAGAACCCAGCGUUGCGAGAAGAUUUCAGAGCAUUCUUGAGGGAUGAAUUGAUUUGCGAGGAGAAUAUUUCAUUUUGGUUGGAUAUCGAAUCUUACAAGAAUAUGAAGAUUGACUCUGCACAGAGAUUGUUCAAGGAACUAUACAGAAUUCACGAUAAAUAUAUUGCCGAUAAUUCAACAUCCGAAAUCAAUGUGCCUUUCUCCAUCAAAAAAGAUAUCAAUAAUUUGUUAAAAUCGUUGCCGCCUCUCGCCGACCUCCUGUCAGAGUGUAACAGUGCCAACGGCAGUAGUAACUCGCUUGGCAGCGGUAGUGGAAGCAGCAACAAUCUGUUGGGCAAUCUGCCACCUACAAACUCACCGCUUCUCAUUGGCUCAUCUUCACCACCGCUUGCCAAUCCAUCGUCUGCAUCGACUACACCAACUUCCACUUUGUCAACAACCUCACUUUCACAAGUAGUUUUAUCUACAACAACACCAACAACAACAACAAGCUCAAGCUCAAGCACAAGCUCGACUACAACUUCACCGACUUCAACAACACCACAGAGUUCAGCAUCAUCAACAUCAACUUCACCACUUCCACACCUAUCGAUCGAAUCUAGCAGCACAACAAACGAAUCAUCAUCAUCUUCCGCCACAUCAUCGUCAACCAACACAACAACCUCUACAAGUAAUCAACCAUCUUCAUCAUCAGCACCAUCAUCACCAAUCACCAACCCAGUCUAUGAUUUCCACAAAAUUCAAACCAUUUACAACACAGCACAACAACAUAUAUUCAUGUUAAUGGCAACCGAUUCACUUUCAAAAUAUAAAAAGAGAUCAAGAAAGAAAUCUGAAUACUGUGUUUCUACCUCUGUGGUGUUUGAUGGAGUUAAUGUAGUAGAAGGUGAUCUUGAUGUCACUCAACACGAUGCCUACCACGGUAAAACAGAGCCUCGAACCCGUGUCGAAAGAGUAGUCAUGAAUUAA